GCCAGCCUCUUCCGGGUCAGGUGACCGCGCGCGCUCACGUGACCCGGCCCGAGUGCGGGCGCUGGAAGGCGGAAGUGGAGCGGAGUUAGGCGCCGCUGGUGUGGCCGCUGCAGCUCCAGGGUGAUGACAUGGCAUCUGCCAGCUCCAGCCGGGCAGGAGUGGCCCUGCCUUUUGAGAAGUCCCAGCUCACUCUGAAAGUGGUGUCAGCAAAGCCCAAGGUACACAACCGCCAGCCGAGAAUCAACUCCUACGUGGAGGUGGCUGUAGAUGGACUCCCCAGCGAGACCAAGAAGACUGGGAAGCGCAUCGGGAGCUCCGAGCUUCUCUGGAAUGAAAUCAUUGUUCUGAAUGUCACAGCCCAGAGUCAUUUAGAUCUGAAGGUCUGGAGCUGUCAUACCUUGAGGAAUGAACUACUCGGAACUGCCUCUGUCAACCUCUCCAAUGUCCUGAAGAAUAAUGGCGGCAAAAUGGAGAACACGCAACUGACCCUGAACCUGCAGACGGAGAACAAAGGCAGUGUUGUCUCCGGAGGAGAGCUGACAAUUUUCCUGGAUGGGCCAACUGUUGAUCUGGGAAGCGUGCCUAAUGGCAGUGCUGUGACAGACGGAUCACAGCCACCUUCGAGAGAAUCCAGCGGGACUGCUAUAGCUCCAGAGACUCGGCACCAGCCCCCCAGUACAAACUGCUUUGGUGGCAGAUCUCGAACGCACAGACAUUCAGGCGGCUCAGCCAGAACAACCACCACCACUGACCAAAGCCCCGGUGCUAGGACCCGGCACCGCCAGCCUGGGAAGAACCCCAGCACCUGUGGCUUAGCCAAUGGCACAGUGAACGAGGAACCUACCACAGCCAGUGAUCCCGAAGAGCCUUCUGUUGUUGGUGUGACAGCCCCACCUGCCGCAGCCUUGAGUGUGUCCCCAAGCCCCAACACGACAUCUCUCCCUGCACCGUCCACACCAGCCGAGGGAGAGGAGCCCAGCACUUCGGGGACACAGCAGCUCCCUGCCACUGCCCAGGCCUCUGAUGCUCUCCCUGCCGGAUGGGAACAAAGAGAGCUGCCCAAUGGACGUGUCUAUUAUGUUGACCACAAUACCAAGACCACCACCUGGGAGCGACCUCUUCCGCCAGGGUGGGAAAAGCGCACAGACCCCCGAGGAAGGUUUUACUACGUGGAUCACAACACCCGGACAACCACCUGGCAGCGGCCGACUGCGGAGUACGUGCGGAACUAUGAGCAGUGGCAGUCACAGCGGAACCAGCUCCAGGGGGCUAUGCAGCACUUCAGCCAGAGAUUCCUCUACCAGUCUUCGAGUGCUUCGUCUGACCAUGAUCCCUUGGGCCCCCUCCCGCCUGGCUGGGAGAAGAGGCAGGACAAUGGACGGGUGUAUUACGUGAACCACAACACACGCACUACCCAGUGGGAGGACCCUCGGACCCAGGGGAUGAUUCAGGAGCCAGCCCUGCCCCCAGGAUGGGAGAUGAAAUACACCAGUGAGGGUGUGCGGUACUUUGUGGACCACAAUACCCGCACCACCACCUUUAAGGAUCCUCGCCCCGGGUUUGAGUCAGGGACAAAGCAAGGCUCACCUGGUGCCUACGACCGAAGUUUUCGGUGGAAGUAUCACCAGUUCCGGUUCCUCUGCCACUCAAAUGCCCUACCCAGCCAUGUGAAGAUCAGCGUCUCCAGGCAGACACUCUUCGAGGAUUCUUUCCAACAGAUUAUGAACAUGAAACCUUAUGACCUGCGCCGCCGGCUCUACAUCAUCAUGCGUGGUGAGGAGGGCCUGGACUACGGCGGCAUCGCCAGAGAGUGGUUUUUCCUCCUGUCCCAUGAGGUGCUCAACCCUAUGUACUGUUUAUUUGAGUAUGCUGGGAAGAACAAUUACUGCUUGCAGAUCAACCCGGCCUCUUCCAUCAACCCUGACCACCUCACCUACUUCCGCUUUAUCGGCAGAUUCAUCGCCAUGGCUCUGUACCAUGGCAAGUUCAUCGACACAGGCUUCACCCUUCCUUUCUACAAGCGGAUGCUCAACAAGAGACCAACUCUGAAGGACCUAGAGUCUAUUGACCCCGAGUUUUACAACUCCAUUGUCUGGAUCAAAGAGAACAACCUAGAAGAGUGUGGCCUGGAGCUGUUCUUCAUCCAGGACAUGGAAAUCCUGGGCAAGGUGACAACCCAUGAGCUGAAGGAAGGUGGCGAGAGCAUCCGAGUUACAGAAGAGAACAAGGAAGAGUAUAUCAUGCUGCUCACUGACUGGCGGUUCACCCGAGGUGUGGAAGAACAGACCAAAGCCUUCCUGGAUGGCUUCAAUGAGGUGGCCCCUCUGGAGUGGUUGCGAUAUUUUGAUGAGAAAGAGCUGGAGCUGAUGCUGUGCGGCAUGCAGGAGAUAGACAUGAACGACUGGCAGAAGAACGCCAUCUACCGGCACUACACCAAGAGCAGCAAGCAGAUCCAGUGGUUCUGGCAGGUGGUGAAGGAGAUGGACAACGAGAAGAGGAUUCGGCUGCUGCAGUUUGUCACGGGAACCUGCCGUCUGCCUGUUGGCGGAUUUGCUGAACUCAUUGGGAGCAACGGACCCCAGAAGUUCUGCAUCGACAGAGUUGGCAAGGAAACCUGGCUGCCCCGGAGCCACACGUGCUUCAACCGUCUGGAUCUGCCACCCUACAAGAGCUAUGAACAGCUGAAAGAGAAGCUGCUCUAUGCCAUCGAGGAGACCGAGGGUUUUGGACAGGAGUAGCCGAGGCUGUCCCUCCCAUACCCUCCAGCACACGUAGUCCUGAGUCCUUCCUGCCUGAGAUGCCAUUGGCUGCACAGCCCUUGGGAGGCCCCUUUGGAUAGUGGCCCUGUGUGGGACCGUGAUUUGAUCAUGUUGGUGACCGAAGAGUCUGACCCUAAGAGGCUCUGCGGCCCCUUUCUCCUACCUGAUGAUGGCAGUCUGGACAUAAAGCCCCGUCACCUUUGACUUCACCACCUAUUGCAAAGUCAGAGGGCUGCCCCUCUGCAAAAUCGCCCCCUCCACUAGGACCAAGUCUAGGUGUGUGUGAGUGUGUGAGGGAACAUGCCCUGCCUCAGAGGGCUGCCACAGAAGCUGGGCCGCUCAUGUUAGUUGAGGAGAUAGGCUGUGUGCGUUGACUGACUGGACCCGGGAAGCCAAGGGGCUUUGCCAGCAGAAGAGGCUCUGCUUUCCUAGACCCUACCCGGAGUCUGUGAGGAACAGGCCUGAGGGAGCAACUCUGCAUCAAAGCUGUCUUGGUUGUCCUCCAGGGUGGGCUGCAGCCAAGGGGACUGAGCAGCAAGCACCUAGUGCCGCCAGGGUGGGCUGCAGCCGAGGGGACUGAGCAGCAAGCACCUAGUACCGCCAGUCGUCUCUUCCUAGCAACCAAAGGGUUGAAGAAGCCACCACCUGUGUGUCGGUGGGAGGGAGACAGCAGACGCCCAGACUUUGUCCUGUGACAUAAACUUGAAGUAUAUUUGUGUGUAGGCUUGCCUUCUUUUGUUUGGGGGUGCUGUUACCACCCUCUGUCAAGGAGCUGGUGCUCCAGGUGUUCUGGGUCCUUGAGGGGCUCACCCCUCCUGAUCCAAUAGCUUCCCAAACGGCUGCUCCUCUCAGGAACCCGCUUAGUUAGCAGUUCCCCAGCUCAAGAGGCCUGGCUCUGUAGCCCAGUGCAUCCCUGCCAUCCUCUAGCCUUUUGCUAGACCAGGCAGCCCCCGGUUAGGACCAGGUUGACAGUGCUGCUGGUCCUCAGUGGCUUCUGGAGCUCACAGUGGCUUAGGAUGGAGCACAUCUUGGCCAGCCGAGUGUUUGUGCUGUGCAGGCAUGAGCUUUAUCUGACCAUGGGAAAAGACACUGGCCGGAUUUAUGAUGCUCCUGACAGCCUCCCAUGUAGGUACACAGGCCCCUCGGGGGUGUCAGAGUGUUAUAGUGGCACACUCCCUCGUGCAGACUCCCUGUGCAUACUAGCUCUGGGGCACCCCAGGCAUGCUCUCAAACUAGUCACAGGUGCCUUCCAAGGACAGUCCCUUUCUACCUUCAUCACCCCCCAUAUAGCCUGUGACCCCUCCCCCAACAUUGCACAUGCUACUCACCCCUUCCUCUCCCAUGCAGUUUCUUUCCGUACUCCCCACAAGCAUCACAGAAGCUACUCUGCUGGGUGGGGGACCAGCUGCCCCCAAGGUCAGGAAGCAUAAGGCUCACAGGUGUUCAUGUGUGUCUGUGUGUGUGUGUGCGUGCGUGCGUGCGUGCGUGUGUGCGUGUGUGUGUGUGCGUGUGUGUGUGUGUGUGUGUGUGUGUGUGUAAUGGAAGUGUGUACAGAAAGGCCUGUGCUAGCUAGCACCAAGUUGGUUGACAGAUUGUUUUGUAAUGCCUGCCCCUGCCUUGGUAUUGCCAGUUUCUUGUGCAAUAAACAAUCAGCAGCUGUG